UAUUUGAACGUUUCCGCCAGUCUACAGUCCUUUGUGAUAAUGUCGUCUGAACAUGAGGAUAGACCCAGAGACAAUGGCCCUGAGGGGAUGGAGCCAGAUGGUGUCAUUGAGAGCAACUGGAAGGAGAUUGUUGAUAGUUUUGAUGAUAUGAGCCUGCGAGAGGCUCUUCUCAGAGGAAUCUAUGCUUAUGGUUUUGAGAAACCUUCCGCCAUUCAGCAGAGGGCAAUUCUCCCUUGUAUCAAGGGGUAUGAUGUCAUCGCACAGGCUCAGUCUGGCACAGGAAAGACAGCCACCUUUGCUAUCUCCAUCCUGCAGCAUAUUGAUUUGGAGAUGAAGGCUACACAAGCUAUGGUGCUGGCUCCUACCAGAGAGCUCGCCCAACAGAUUCAGAAGGUGGUGCUGGCUCUUGGAGACUACAUGGGGGCAACCUGCCAUGCCUGCAUUGGUGGCACCAAUGUCCGUAAUGAUGUUCAGAAGCUCCAGGCUGAUGUGCCCCACAUAGUGGUUGGAACUCCUGGCCGUGUGUUUGACAUGCUCAACCGCAGAUAUCUUUCUCCCAAAUAUAUAAAGAUGUUUGCGCUGGAUGAGGCAGAUGAAAUGUUAAGCCGUGGUUUCAAGGACCAGAUCUAUGAGAUCUUUCAGAAGUUGGCCACAGAUACUCAGGUGAUUCUUUUGUCUGCCACCAUGCCUCAGGAGGUGCUGGAGGUGACCACAAAAUUCAUGAGAGAUCCUAUUCGUAUCCUAGUUAAAAAGGAAGAGCUGACCCUGGAGGGUAUCCGGCAGUUCUACAUCAAUGUUGAGAAAGAGGAGUGGAAGUUGGACACAUUGUGUGAUCUUUACGAAACCCUGACCAUCACACAGGCUGUAAUUUUCAUCAACACCCGACGAAAGGUGGACUGGUUGACUGAGAAAAUGCAUGCAAGAGACUUCACUGUUUCUGCACUGCACGGUGACAUGGAGCAAAAGGAGAGGGACGUCAUCAUGAAAGAGUUCCGCUCUGGCUCCAGCAGAGUCCUCAUCACUACUGACCUGCUGGCAAGAGGCAUUGAUGUGCAGCAGGUUUCCCUGGUUAUCAACUAUGACCUUCCAACCAACAGGGAAAACUACAUCCACCGAAUUGGACGUGGUGGCCGUUUUGGCAGAAAGGGCGUCGCUAUCAACAUGGUCACUGAAGAUGACAAGCGUACACUCCGAGACAUCGAGACCUUCUACAAUACAACCGUGGAGGAAAUGCCCAUGAACGUUGCUGAUCUUAUCUAAGACCCCAGCCCUUUUUUUUUUUUUUUUUUUCUUUUCUUUUCUUUUUUCUUCCCUGUCUAUCUCUCCUCCUUUCCCUCUUUAGUCUCAUUCCAACCCACAUCCCUUUUCGUGCAACUCCCUCACAAAUCAAGUACUGUUAAUUCUGAGGGUGUGCUUUUUCAUAAAUCCAGUAUGUCUGCCACAUCACUCAAUUAUUCGGAAUGAAUACUCAAUAUUCUUAAGGCUCAUUUAAUCUUGCCCUUUUUUGAGUGGUGCCAUCUACUGAUCAAGAGGAGGCAUUGCAGGGCUCAUUUGCAUGCUAGGUGUAAAAGUUAAUGCACUGACUGGCAUAUGGAUUGAAGACAUGCCCUGCUUUUCUUGAUCGUGUUGGUUUAACCAUUUUUGAGAUGUGACUUUACAUUGGAUUAUUUUUUUGGGUUAAAACAGGGCAAAGGAUGUAAAACAGAAUUAUUCAUGUGUUUUAUAUGGGGGACUUGGACUCUUAUUCCAAAUCUUCACCACUGCUAUCUUCCUUUUACAGAAGCAUCUGAGUGCUGUAAAUUCUGCUUAAGGAAAAGAGGAAGCUGGAUUGUGAGCAAACCAGAUUGUAAAGUUUCAAAAAGUGUUCAAGUCAUUUUCUCCUGGUCCAAUUGUUCGGUUACAUCUCUUGUGUUGUCCUGUGUGCGUGGUUGUAGCUUUUUGAUUUUUGUAAAUAGGCUUUACUUUGGCGGGAUGGGUGGCUCAAGGCAUUAGAAAUUAAUUUGGCAUGAUUGGUAUGGCUGGUUAACAACCCACCAUUGUAUUGCCUCAGAUUUUCUCUGCAUCAAAGUCCUAUCGAGGAGUGUUGCUCCUACAACCUACCUCACCAAACUGUGUUGUAUGGGUCUAAAUAUGUAAAGGACCAAACUGCAGUAGUAGAGUAUAUAGAGAUCAUUGUCUUCGUAUUGUUCAAAAAAUGCCUCUUUUGUUGGGUGGAUGUGGGGUUAACAUUGGUCAGUGCUAUUUUUUUAAACAAAUUUAUUACAAAUGUGAUAAUUAUUAACCUUUUUGAGACAGAAGCCAUGUAUUAAAUCUUUUCUACAUUGGACUCUGUAUAGUAUUUAUUUUAAUGGUCUGAAAUAAAGGUAUUUCCCAUUUUUAACAUGCUAAGCUGACUCUUACUCGUUCAUUGGGUUUAAUUUACUGCAAGACUGGUUUCAUCUUGCAAUACGAGUAUGAGCUCUCCAAGCAUGUGUUUGUGGUUCCCGUCAUGGUUGAACUUUUUUUUUUUUUUUUCCCUUAAUGUUAAAAUACUUUUUGCCAUUUUUGUUCCUUUAUCAACAUUUCAAUCACUGUCUUUCAUCAUUCAAAUGGUGUUUGAUCAGAUGUGGGUUAUAUGGUAGACAUGAUAAAUGUUCAGUAACCGCUGAACAAGUCUUAUCAAUGUUGAGGAUGAUGGGAAUUAAAAUUAGAUCAGUUGCUCACCUGUGGAUCCUCUGCAGUGAAUAGUAGCCUCGAAAUGAGUCAAAGCAGCUGAUUUAAAAACAUCACAAAUCCACAAUUACUGUCUUGUGAAGUGAAAUGUGUUGAAGAAACUAAUGUUGAAUAAAUGUUCAGAAAACCUUCA